ACCAUGGACCCUUUGAUUUGAUUUGAUUUGAGAAAAGGUACUUUCAGUACUGUUGCGUUCAAUUUAGUGAACACCAUGGAACUGCAACUCAGCAAAGUGAGAUCUGGUUCAUUUUCCAAGCUAAAAUGGCAAGGCUUAGUUCUCAUCACAAUGGCAAUAGCAAUACCAUACUAUUUGUCUUCCCGUUCCUAGUAUUAUUACAGACACACUUUGUAUCUGCAACAUCUGAAUCAAAUAUUGUGAAGUUCCUUCCUGGUUUUCAAGGACCUCUUCCUUUUCUACUAGAAACUGGAUACAUUGAAGUAAGUGAAACUGAAGCAGAUGAGAAUGCAGAAGUGUUUUACUAUUUUAUAGAAUCUGAGAACAAUCCUAAACAAGAUCCUCUCUUGCUUUGGCUUACUGGUGGUCCUGGUUGCUCUGCUUUCUCUGGCCUUGUCUUUGAAAUAGGACCACUAACAUUUAUAAAUGAUGAAUACAAUGGGAGCUUACCAAAUUUGGCCUUGAGGUCACUUUCAUGGACAAAGGUUAGUAAUAUUAUAUUUUUGGAUUUGCCUGCUGGGACUGGAUUCUCAUAUCCCAAAACAGAAACUGCGGUUCAGCAAAGCACUUGGAAGCUAGCUCACAAUGCUCAUCAAUUUCUUAGGAAGUGGCUGAUUGAUCAUCCAAAAUUUCUAUCAAAUGAAGUGUACAUUGCUGGUGACUCAUAUUCAGGCAUUCCUAUCCCAAUUAUUGUUCAAGAAAUUUCAUAUGGAAAUGAUGGUGGCCUCCAACCGUGGAUAAACCUCCAGGGAUACAUAUUGGGAAAUCCCUUAACAACACCAAAAAAUGAUGAUUACCAAAUACCAUUUAAUCAUGGCAUGGCACUAAUUUCUGAUGAACUCUACCAGUCAUUGAAAAAGAAUUGUAGAGGCGAGUAUAAACAUAUAGAUCCCCAAAACGUAUUUUGUUUGAAAGAUUUCCAAUCUUACACGGAGACUAUUUCAGGAGUGUGUAUUCCUCAUAUUUUGGAACCGAAAUGCGAGACUGACUUUGUUGAUAAAAUUGAGAUUCCUCGGAGGACACUUCUUAUUGAUAAAACUGAUCACACCAUUUUUAGUUCUUCUCUCACUAUGCCACCUUUAAAUUGUCGGACUCAUGCAUAUUUCCUCAGUCCCUAUUGGGCUAACGAUGAUAAUGUUCGCAAAGCACUGCACAUUCGAAAGGAAAGUAUAGGAAAAUGGAAGAGAUGUAACGCGGACAUACCUUUUAAGCAUGAAACCCUUGACAGCUUUCCAUAUCAUGCAAAUCUUAGCAAAAAAGGCUUUCGUUCAUUAAUAUACAGCGGUGAUCAUGACAUGAAAGUUCCAUUCUUGGCGACUCAAGCGUGGAUAAGAUCUUUAAAUUACUCUAUUGUUGAUGAUUGGAGGCCAUGGUAUUAUAAUGACCAAGUAGCAGGUUACACGAGGACUUACUCAAAUCGAAUGACAUUUGCAACUGUGAAGGGGGGAGGACAUACAGCUCCUGAAUACAAACCUGAAGAAUGCUUAGCCAUGUUCACUAGGUGGAUAUCUAAUAACUCACUUUAAGGAAUUACGAUAUAUAAUAUUGUUGGUGUUGGUUGAAAAGUCCCGCAUUGCCUAUAUAUUUAUGAAGAUUGUCUUAAAACUAGUUUGUGUUAGAUAAUACGUUAGUGAUUUAAUAAUAUAAUGAGUUUUUGGUUGUAAUUGGGCUUUGGGCAUAAUAGUAAUUUAGUCUAUUUAUGUUUUCUAUAUAUUCAUAAGACAACUCAUUGUAUUCUAAGUCAUUGUAAUGUAAUGAAACCCUAGCCCCUUUUGUUCUU